GUUACCUUUCUGUACGCAAUCUCCCCAAUCUACACCACUUUCCUUCCCAUUUUUUAUUGAUGGGUUCUUUUACUUACAUUUAUCUUUGCAUCAAAAUGGAAACAGAUCUUAAAAAUUGUUGCUUUCAACACAGGAUCUCCAGAAUAAAUUAAUGGAUACCAAAACUGAAAACCCAGAAGAAUUCCUCUUCCUACAGCCCCUUCCCCACAAAAAAAAUUGUGAAAACCAGUACCAUAGCGACUCUUUGACUUUCAGUUUUCAUUUUUUCCGCAUUUGCCGUCUCUCUUCCUCCCUCUCUCUCUCUCUCUCUCUCUCUCUCUCUCUCUCUCUCUCUCUGUUUGUUCUUAAUUUAUUAUCUCUCUCUUUCUAAUUGUAUUUUUUCUUGUUUCCGUUACUUGGGAGGUGGAUUAUCAUUCAUUUGCUCCUUAAACGAUGUUGAAAUUCUCAUUUUCUGUACCUCUACUUCUCAUCUCUGUUCUGGUUUUCCUUCCUCUGUUUCAUGGAGGGAUAGCCUUUGCUGCAGGAACCGAGGAUGGAUCAGAGGAAUGGGGCUAUGUUCAAGUCCGACCCAAAGCCCAUAUGUUUUGGUGGCAUUAUAAAAGUCCAUACAGGGUUGAAGAUCCUUCCAAGCCAUGGCCAAUUAUUCUUUGGUUGCAGGGAGGACCUGGUUCUUCAGGGGUUGCGAUGGGGAACUUUCAAGAGAUUGGUCCAUUGGACAUGGAUUUGAAGCCUCGGAAUUCAACUUGGCUUAAACUAGCUGAUCUCUUGUUCGUGGAUAACCCAGUUGGGACAGGAUACAGUUUUGUGGAAGAUGAAUCGUUGCUGGUGAAUACUGAUGAAGAGGCAGCAACUGAUUUAACUACCUUGCUGAAGGAGCUUUUCAAUAAGAAUGAGAGCCUCCAACAGAGUCCUCUUUACAUUGUAGCAGAGUCUUAUGGAGGGAAAUUUGCUGCUACUCUUGGAUUAUCAGCUGUAAAAGCCAUUGAAGCUGGAGAAUUGAAGCUUAAACUUGGAGGUGUUGCUUUGGGAGAUAGUUGGAUCUCUCCUGAAGAUUUUGUGUUUUCUUGGGGACCUCUUCUAAAAGAUCUCUCAAGACUAGACAACAAUGGCUUGGAAAAAAGUAACAGUCUAGCUCAGCAGAUUAAGCAGCAACUUGAGAAUGGAAGCUAUGUAAGUGCAACAAACACUUGGCGUCAGCUUGAGAAUGUGAUUAGCACAAGCAGUAACGAUGUGGAUUUCUACAAUUUUCUAUUGGAUUCUGCGCACGACCCUCUUUCCACAACAGCUGCUUCAGAGUUGUCGACAGCAGCAGCAAUGAAGAGGUACUCAACAUAUCUCAACUCCAAGAGGAUUUCACCCGAUGGUGUUGGAGACAUUAAUAGCUUCAUGAAUGGAGUCAUUAAGAAGAAGUUAAAGAUUAUUCCUGAAAGCCUUAAGUGGGGAACACAAUCGGAUCUUGUUUUCACUACUCUUCAAGGUGAUUUCAUGAAGCCAAGGAUAAAUGAGGUUGCUGAGCUAUUAGCCAAAGGGGUCAAUGUGACAGUGUACAAUGGACAAGUUGAUCUCAUUUGUGCCACCAAGGGGACUGAAGCAUGGGUUGAGAAACUCAAAUGGGAAGGGCUCCAAGGCUUCAUGAACUUAGACAGAAUUCCCCUAUAUUGUGGGGAUGACAAGACAACCACGAAAGCAUUCACCAAGUCAUACAAGAAUCUACAUUUCUAUUGGAUUCUUUUGGCUGGUCACUUUGUACCAUAUGAUCAGCCAUGCGUUGCACUGAAAAUGGUGGGUGACAUCACACAUUCUCCCAUUGCUUCUGCCUAAUAAGAAACAAAACAGAACAUAAAAACUACAAAUAGAGAGAAGUGGGAGUUACAGAUUUAUAGUUCUGGGGAAACAUACAGAGAGAGAGAGAGAGAGAGAGAGACAGAGAGAUUGAUUUUUAUAGGAGAAAUAAGAACAAAUGCUUACAUUAACACUUGUUUCCAUUAUUUGUUUUAUUUUACUGAAGGGAAAAAAAAUGUUACACUCUACAUUUUAUGAGUUUUUAAUGGAAGUAGAAGACCAAGCGAUUGAAAGAGUUGCAGAGGAUGAUCCAGAGCAUCCUUCAAAUCUAA